UUCAUAGCCUCAAUGAUUAAUCGAACAAAGCCUUAGGGUUUUUCCAAGUAACUUCCAAGGUUCAUACAUCCUUUGCCUUUGUCAUUCAACACCUAACGUCAUCGUCCUAACAAAUUUCUAGAAUAAGUCCAUUUUAAAACUCAAGUAUUUUUGCGACAACUUUCCAAAAGUAACAUCUGAACUUUCCAUCCCAAUUCAAAGCUUAUACUACUUCACCCCACUAUUACUAAGGACCUCCAAGCACCUAUAUUUAUCGAUAAGGAGCUCUCUAGUUCUCCACUAGGUGGAAAGCUAAUUGCCCAGGUGAACUUCUAUUUCUAAUUCAGUUUCUCGUCACAUAUUACCUAGGUGCCAUCCCCAACUUUCUUGCACAUCAACAUAGCAAUAAAGAUGGCGACCGCCAACGAACCUCCCUUGGACGAGAUCCAAUGGCGCUUCCCACCUGCAGCGCAGGCGAUGGGUGGCAUCCAUUCAAAUUCAGUAUUAUUCUAUUUCGCCGAAUCGCCUUUCUUCGAUCGAACCUCCAAUAACGCCGUUCUCUACAACCAAGCCAUGUGGAACGAGAGCAUGAAACCCUUAAUUCAGACCCGCGAACGAUUCGAAGGCCGACUGCGAGAGAUGUCCGGCUUGGAAUUCAUCGUCGCCCAAGAACCUGCUGAGAUGGGACCCGGUAUGGGCACUGGCGUUUGGGUCAUUAACAAGCAGACGCGCCGCAAACGAGAACCUGAGGACGAAAUCACCGUACAUUCCACAUACUACCUCAUUGGCGAGAACGUGUAUAUGGCGCCCACGCUAGCGGAUAUUUUAGGGUUUCGAAUGACUACUAUCACCGAGGCUCUAAACAAAUGCUUCGCGGCCGCAAACAACGCGCGAACCUGGUCGCCAGCUCUUGGACAUGUGUACAAGAUCGCACCCAACGUUACGAAUACCAAAGCACAAGCACUAGAAUCUAAGGGAACGACGCCGAUGCCCGAGUCACAAGGAUCUAAGGCUAUCUCGGAACCAAAGAAGGCGGAUCAAUCUGCUGUCGACUCACGCUUAGCUGAGCAUUCAUUCAUGGUGCACAUGCAAUACGGCGGAGAUUAUAUGGAUGAGAACCCCAUCACAGGCAAGCCCGGUGAAUUCCAUCUCAGCUCUACCGGUCGCAAGGACAGACUACAGGCACUAGGCCUCCCGAACCUCAACACGACAUUCAAGGAAUCCGCGAUCACCCAGGCGGGGAAGAAGGACGUAAAGCCAGGGGACAAAACACCAAAGACGCCCACGGGUAUAUCGAAACCGAAACGCAAGAAGAGCAAGGCCGGUGCGACCCCCACUUCGUCGUAGAAAGGCGAAGCUGGCAAAAAGGGUAAAAUAGUGAAGAGGGUGAGAUUCGCCGACGACGUAUGAGAGCGUGGCUUCAGUAGAGUUGGCAAAAAUGGCGUUCGGUGAAUCAGGAAUUGGCAUUUUGAUACCCCUUUU